AUGUCGACCCUAGCCGACGAGCUGCUUCAAGAUUUUGAGGGCUCCGGCUCAGAAGCCGGGGAGGAUCUCAAUGAGGACUUCUUCAACGAGGCUGGUCUUCCCGGCGCAACAGCGGCCAAUGGCGAGGACACAGCAAUGGAGGAAGUGCGUGAUGAGGACGAGGACGAAGACCAGGAGAUGCAAGAUGGCGACGCGAACGGCCUCGGGGACGAGAGCGGCGAGGAUGCAAAAGCAAAAAUCGAGAAGAUGCAGCUAGGAGGCAUCAAGGAUGUCCGUAGCGUCGCGACAUUGAUGAAGACGCUGACACCUGUGCUCGAGAAAAUCGCAUACUUCCAAUCACAGCCCUCAACCGAGAACGUGGGCAACGUAGAAGACCAUCCCGAGUACCAUCUUCUGACCCAAUCGAACAGCCUGUCCACCCAGAUCGACAACGAGAUCAUGCUCGUGCACAAGUUCAUCCGCGACCACUACUCCGUUCGGUUCCCGGAGCUGGAGACGCUGAUUUCGAACCCCGUCGAGUAUGCGAAGGUGGUUGCGAUACUGGGCAACGGGCCCUUCGACUCGGAGAGCAUCAAAAAGAUCCAGACCUCGACCGAUAACCCGCUGGGCGUGACGCUCAAGUCCGUUCUCGACGGCCCGUCUCUGAUGAUCGUCACGGUGGAGGCUACGACAUCUAAAGGCCAAGCCAUGCCACCAGAGCAGCUGCAGCGAGUCGUCAAGGCAUGCGAGAUGGUUAUCGACCUGGACAAGGCCAAGAAGACCUUGACAGAUUAUGUCCAGUCGCGCAUGAAUAUCUUCGCACCGAACUUGACAGCUCUCAUCGGCUCGCUGACGGCUGCUCAGCUGCUCAACCAAGCCGGUGGCCUUACCGCCCUCUCCAAGACUCCGGCGUGCAAUUUGCCCGCCUGGGGCUCCAAGAAGCAGGCUACCGCAGCGUUGGCAACUAACGUCGGCAUCCGGCAUCAAGGCUUCAUCUACCAGUCCCCCAUCAUCCGCACCAUCCCCAGCGACCUCAAGAAGCAAGCUAUCAAGAUGUUUGCCAAUAAGAUCGUCAUGUGCGCCCGCAGCGACUGCUUCCAUCAAUUCCGCGACGGCUCCGAGGGCGAACGCUUGCGUGAAGAAUGCCUGGAGCGCCUCGACAAGCUCCAGCAAAAGCCCCUCUCAAAAUCGGCCCGGCCACUGCCCGCACCCGAUGACAAGCCCAGCCGCAAGCGCGGCGGUCGCCGCGUGCGCAAAGCCAAAGAAGCCUAUGCAAUGACUGAGCUGCGCAAGGCGCAGAAUCGCAUGGCGUUCGGCAAGGAAGAGAAAGAGGUGGGCUACGGCACGGGUGACCACACUACCGGUCUCGGUAUGCUGGGUCUCAGCGACGGCCGGCUGCGCGUUGCGCAGAUUGAUAACCGCACGCGCGCCAAGCUCAGCCAGAAACAUAAAGGCUGGGGAGGCGUCAGCUCGAUCAGCGGGAAUGCAUCGAGCUUGCGGAGCAGUCUAACUGGUGGUGCUGGCAAGCUCAACUUGGCUGCGGCUAGCGCUCAGGGGCUGCGGACGUCGGGUGUUGGCACGACGGUGGGCAGUGCGACGGGGUUGGCUACGUCGGGUACUAUUUCUUCGCUCAAGUUCGCGUCGGCGUCGGGCCUGGAGCUGGUUGAUCCGAAGCUGCAGGCUGAGCUGAGUAGGAAGAGGAAGGCCGAGGAGGAUCGAUGGUUCAAGAGCGGUGCAUUUACGCAGAUCGGAAAUAAGAAUAAUAGCGGCGAUGGGGUAUUUAAGAAGCCUGAUCUGCCGCCGAGCAAGAGGAUUGAUACUGGGGCGACAAAGUCGCAGAAUUAA